GUUUUAUAAAAAAUAAAAACUCGAACUUUUGUUUUAAACGGAAGUAAAGUUACGUCACGGGAAGUUGGGGGUUAGAUGACGUUUGUAGUCGCGUUUCUACUCGCCGAAAAACAGCUGCUACGAGUUUAGAAAGGUUGAAAACGUCAUUGCGCUGGUUCCACUGAAGUCCUGAGGUUGAGAGUGAGCGGUGACAGGAGGGUUGUUUUGGGGGAAACCCCACCACAUUGGAAAGGCUCAUUCACAUAACAAGUUGACAGCUCUUUAACCGCAAAAAUGGUUUUAGCUGAUCUGGGGAGGAAAAUAACCUCAGCUUUGAGGUCUCUCAGCAAUGCCACCAUCAUCAACGAGGAGGUAUUAAAUGCUAUGCUCAAGGAAGUCUGUGCUGCCCUGCUGGAGGCUGAUGUGAAUAUCAAGUUGGUAAAGCAGCUAAGAGAAAAUGUCAAGGCAGCCAUUGAUCUGGAGGAGAUGGCCUCUGGGCUGAACAAGAGAAGAAUGAUCCAGCAUUCUGUUUUCAAGGAACUUGUCAAGCUGGUGGAUCCUGGAGUCAAAGCCUGGACUCCCACAAAGGGAAAGAACAACGUUAUCAUGUUUGUGGGUCUGCAGGGCAGUGGGAAAACCACAACAUGUUCUAAGUUGGCGUACUACUACCAAAGAAAAGGAUGGAAAACAUGUUUGAUUUGUGCCGACACAUUCAGAGCAGGUGCCUUCGACCAACUCAAGCAAAACGCAACAAAAGCCAGAAUACCCUUUUAUGGCAGUUACACAGAGAUGGAUCCCGUGAUUAUAGCUUCAGAGGGUGUGGAAAAAUUCAAGACAGAAAACUUUGAAAUAAUCAUUGUGGACACUAGUGGUAGACAUAAACAGGAAGACUCACUUUUUGAAGAAAUGCUUCAGGUGUCAAAUGCUGUGCAACCUGACAACAUAGUGUAUGUGAUGGACGCCUCCAUUGGUCAGGCUUGUGAGGCUCAGGCUAAGGCCUUCAAAGACAAGGUAGAUGUGGCUUCUGUUAUUGUCACCAAACUGGAUGGCCAUGCCAAGGGUGGUGGUGCACUCAGUGCUGUGGCGGCCACAAAGAGUCCCAUCAUUUUUAUCGGCACAGGCGAGCACAUUGACGACUUCGAGCCUUUCAAGACUCAGCCCUUCAUAAGCAAACUGCUCGGUAUGGGAGAUAUUGAGGGGCUGAUUGACAAAGUAAACGAACUAAAGCUCGAUGACAACGAGGAGCUAAUUGACAAGCUCAAACAUGGUCAGUUUACACUCAGGGACAUGUAUGAACAGUUUCAGAACAUCAUGAAAAUGGGACCUUUUGGUCAGAUCAUGGGCAUGAUCCCAGGCUUUGGAACAGAUUUCAUGAGCAAAGGAAAUGAGCAGGAGUCUAUGGCCAGACUAAAGAAACUCAUGACAAUAAUGGAUAGUAUGAAUGACCAGGAACUUGACAACAAAGAUGGUGCCAAGCUCUUCAGUAAACAGCCUAACCGCAUCCAGCGAGUGGCCCGGGGAUCUGGAGUGGCUACCAGGGAUGUACAGGAGUUGCUCACACAGUACACAAAGUUUGCCCAGAUGGUCAAGAAGAUGGGAGGCAUUAAAGGCUUGUUUAAAGGAGGGGACAUGUCCAAGAACGUCAACCCAUCACAGAUGGCGAAACUGAACCAGCAGAUGGCUAAAAUGAUGGAUCCCAGAGUGCUUCAUCACAUGGGUGGCAUGGCCGGAUUGCAGUCCAUGAUGAGGCAGUUUCAGCAGGGAGCUGCUGGCAACAUGAAAGGCAUGAUGGGAUUUAACAAUAUGUGAACCCCUAAACUCCUGCAAGUAGAGGAUGCAAAAGACUCUGAUGGUUUUAGCGAACAAGACCUGGGCAUAUGAAGAUGGUUUGAUUUCUGUGUCUUGCCACACGUAAUUUAAUUCUUUAAAAGGUGUAAAACAUUUAAUAAAAGCUCAUUCACAUGUAAAGCCCAGUGUUUCUGGAGCAGAAUUGAUCAUGGGGACUGUUAGAAGAACUUUUGCUUCCUGAGAUCAAGUCCAGUGAUUGUUUAAAAUAUCUUGUGAUGUCAGAGCGUGCUCGUCUUGGCAAAUAUACACACGGACAUCUGAGUGCUUCACAAUAUUGUCAGGCUAAUUGACAACAGGCCACUUUCACUAUCUCUAAACUGGGUUAAAGUUAAAGCCGUAAAGGCUAUAUGAUUUUACAGUAAUUGCUAUGACCAUCUUCAUAGCGUAAGCUAUUCAUGAGUAGAAAUCAUGGUUUAUUGUAUAAUUGACUGUUUUUGAUUUCUUGAUUUGCCAUAGAAAAGCUUUGGCUUUGUAUCAGAUAUAAAUACAGUAGUUGGAAAAGAGUAUGUGGCAAUAUUUUGUCAUAAUGUUAUAAUAAAAUUUAUAUGGCAACAUUUUAA